AUGAACCCCAAACUUCCCUACAUUCUUCUUGUCGGGGCUGCAGUGAUAAUCUUCAUCCUCUCCUGUGUACUACUGAGCAGAGGCAGGCGAUCGCCCAGCUGUGAAUCCCAGCCCCAAGUGGUGGAGAAAACGGGAUCUGUGACCCAGAGCCUGGUCUUUGCCGACCUGACCCCCCAGGAGCUGGAGCAAGUGGUGCAGUACCUGCAGGGAAACCUCGGGGUGCAGCUGGUUGACGCCUCACGUGCCAAACCGUCAGACAACUGCAUCGCGUCCGUGGAUCUGCAGGUGCCCCCCAAGGCAGAGGUGCUGCGUUUCCUGGACGGUGGGGGGGCUCGGCCCCCACGAGAGGCGCUGGCUGUGCUGUACUUCGGGAACCAACCGGACCCCAACGUCACCGAGUACGUGGUGGGUCCUCUGCCAGCACCGGCGUACCACCGGGACGUCACGGUGCACAAGUACGGGGGGAAGGUGCCCUACCACCGCAGACCAAUGCUGGGCAGUGAGUACAAGCAGGUGAGAAUGUUCUUGGAGACUGUGGCUUUUGCUGCAGCCCCAACAUUCUUGCAAGAGGUCUUCGAAUACGACAGCACCAACGUGGUGUUUCAGACCACAGCCCCUCAUGGCUUCCAGUCUGGAGACCGUAAGUCCUGGUUCAUCCUGUUUCAGAAU